CAGUCUUGCCGGUCAUGUCCACGUCCACCUACCGUGCGCCUUCAUCUUGAACCCCAUGCAUGCAUACAUGAACACUUGAGCACCUGCAGUGCUUGCAUAUCGAACGCAACAAUGCACCUCGUCGCCAUGGAUAUCCCUCUCCCGUUGCUCCUCUCCACCUUGGCCGUUGCCGUGACCAUAUGCUAUGUCCUCUUCUUCCGUGCUGACAAGGGGCGCGCGCCGCUGCCGCCCGGGCCGAGGGGCUGGCCGGUGCUGGGGAACCUCCCGCAGCUCGGCGGCAAGACGCACCAGACCAUGCACGAGAUGUCCAAGGUGUACGGGCCCGUGCUCCGGCUCCGGUUCGGCAGCUCCGUCGUGGUGGUGGCCGGGUCGGCCGCCGUGGCCGAGCAGUUCCUCCGCACCCACGACGCCAAGUUCAGCAGCCGGCCGCCCAACUCCGGCGGCGAGCACAUGGCGUACAACUACCAGGACGUGGUGUUCGCGCCCUACGGCCCCCGGUGGCGCGCGAUGAGGAAGGUGUGCGCCGUGAACCUCUUCUCGGCCCGCGCGCUCGACGACCUCCGCGGGUUCCGCGAGCGGGAGGCCGCGUUCAUGGUGAGGUCCCUCGCUGACGCUGCUUCCGGCGGCGGGUUGGUGGCGGUCGGCAAGGCGGCGAACGUGUGCACGACCAACGCGCUCUCGCGGGCGGCGGUGGGGCUCCGGGUGUUCGCCGCGGCCGGCACCGAGCUUGGCGCCAAGGAGUUCAAGGAGAUCGUGCUGGAGGUGAUGGAGGUGGGCGGCGUGCUCAACGUCGGGGACUUCGUGCCGGCGCUCCGGUGGCUCGACCCGCAGGGGGUCGUUGCCAGGCUGAAGAAACUGCACCGCCGGUUCGACGACAUGAUGAACGGGAUCAUCGCCGAGAGAAGGGCCGGAGCUGGCACGGCCGGCGAGGAGAAGGAAGGUAAGGACCUGCUCGGCUUGCUGCUCGCAAUGGUGCAGGAAGACAAGUCCCUCACCGGCGGCGAGGAGGACAGGAUCACAGACACGGACGUCAAGGCGCUCAUACUGAACUUGUUCGUGGCGGGCACGGAGACGACGUCGACGAUAGUGGAGUGGGCGGUGGCGGAGCUGAUCCGCCACCCGGACAUGCUGAAGCGGGCGCAGGAGGAGAUGGACGCCGUCGUGGGCCGGGGCAGGCUCGUCGCGGAGUCCGACCUGCCGCGCCUCACGUUCCUGAACGCGGUCAUCAAGGAGACGUUCCGGCUGCACCCGUCGACGCCGCUCUCGCUGCCGCGGAUGGCCUCCGAGGAGUGCGAGGUCGCCGGCUACCGCAUCCCCAAGGGCACGGAGCUGCUGGUCAACGUGUGGGGCAUCGCCCGCGACCCGGCCCUGUGGCCCGACCCGCUGGAGUUCCGGCCCGCCCGGUUCCUCCCGGGAGGGACCCACGCCGACGUCGACGUCAAGGGAGGCGACUUCGGGCUGAUCCCGUUCGGGGCCGGCCGGAGGAUCUGCGCGGGCCUCAGCUGGGGCCUGCGGGUGGUCACCGUGACGGCGGCCACGCUGGUGCACUCGUUCGACUGGGAGCUGCCGACGGGCCAGACGCCCGACAAGCUCAACAUGGAGGAGGCCUUCUCUCUGCUGCUGCAGCGGGCCGUGCCGCUGAUGGUCCACCCGGUGCCCAGGCUGCUCCCGUCGGCAUACGAAAUUGCAUAAAAACAGAGGGAAGCGCGCCACUGAUUUGUCGUGAUGAUCUAAUGGAGGAGAAAGUCCAGUUGUGCUAUGUAUUGUUGUCGAUGGGGUGUUCCUCACCGUAUUCAACUAAAAUAGUUCCACCUGUUACUUGUGUACUGUUUUCAGAUAACAUGGAAAAUAACAUAUUAUGUAUCAAGGAAA